AUGGACAACGAAGAAAAUGAGCAAUAAGAUCUUUCAGUAGGUGUGUUAUAUAUUAUGCAUUUGUUCACUAUAUAUACCAUUAUAUAAUAAUUUUAAUUCCUAUUUUAUCUUUAGUUUAUAACCAAUUAAAUAAGAAAGAUAUUGGAUUCAGACCUAAAAAGUUAACAAUUUCAAGAGAUUUAUAAGUAUAAAUAUAUUAAAAAAUCAAUUAGAGUUAAGCUUGUGAUAUUUGUGCAGUUGGAUUCGAAAGUAGAUAUUAAUAAUAAGAAAGAGGUAAACAUAGCAAAAUAAUAGUUAAAAAGGAAUGACAAUAAUAUCCUGUUAUGGUUGUUAAUUGAGUUGUCACUUGUAUUGUUAUGGUAUUUCCACUGAAAUAGAGUUGAAUCCCAAUACUAAUAAUUAAGGAUAUUUUGCAUGUGAUAAGUGCAAAUAUAGUCAAAAACAAGAUCAAAUAUGCAUUGUAUGUAAUCAAAAAGGCGGUUUGAAGAAGAGAAUUAAUGAUACAAAUGAAUUUGUUCAUCCUCUUUGUGGAUUACUAUCCAAACAACUUGAAUUAACUUCAUUUAUGGAUAUUAAAUUCAAGAAACCUAAUAAUGUUAUACAAGUACCUAAAUAAAUAUGUUCUUAUUGUAAAUCUUAAGGAGCCACAAUUAAAUGUUAAUAAUAAGAAUGUAAUACUUAUGCGCAUAUAUAUUGUAUUGUUAAUUACAUAGUAAGUUUUGGUGGCUAUAAUUUAUCAUACUCAGAAAAUCAAUAAAAACAAACAGGAUGGGAAAUUCAAUUUAAUCAUAAAUAAAUAUUUUGUUCUGGAAAUAUUGUAUAAGCAGGAAAUGAUAAGACUCAAUUAAAAACUAAAUCCUAAAUUAUUUUAUAAUAGUUUAUGGAAAUUUAAAAAGUAGACAAGUAAAUUAAUAUAGAUUAAUUAUAUGAUAUAUAUCAAUAAUAAGAAAAGAUUGAAGAAGAAAAAGAGUAUUUUAUUUAUAUUAAAAUAGUUAAUUGGUUGAAUUCUAUUGUUCUCCUCAUUAGAAUUAAUAGAUAUAUUGUUGUUGUUAAUAAUAAUAAGCUAAUGAUUCUGAAGAAAUGGUUUAGUGUGAAACUUGUAUGGAAUGGUAUCAUGAUAAAUGUUUACGUUAAUAUCAAGAUGAUUAUGAAGAAUAGAAAAAUAAAGAUCAUUAUUUCUGCCCAUUUUGUAAUCAAUGGAGCAAUUAUAGAUUUGAUCAUAUUCUUAAAUAUGUUCCUGUUAAUAAUUUAAAGUCUUUAUUGCCACCUUUUUUAAAAAUGACAUUUAAUACACUUAUCAUUUUAGGUAUUUAUUGUGAAAGAAGUUUGACUGCUCAAAUAUAAUCAUGUAAAUAUUUAAUAAUUAAUUAUUAGAUUCUGAAUCUGAAUACUCAAUUAUAGAAACUAUAUUAGGUAAUUUACCAUUCUAUCAACCCUUAUAAUAAUAAUUAUCAUAAAUUAAACAAAAAUCUAAUGUCACUGAUUUUAUGAAUUUCCUUUUUAAAUAAUAAAUACCUUAUAGAGAUGAUAGUUAAUGGAUAAUACUAUCUUAAUUAGAUGAAUCUUAUCAAAUAAUCUAAUAAAAUAUUAUAAAUAAUAAUGCUUUGAAAGAUAAAUUAAAUUAAGUUAUUAAUUUAUUUAAAGAUUUUGAUGAAUCCAAAUUUUAUAUUGAAUUGCUAAAUAAAUUGAAUAAUUUAUAAUCAGCAUUUCAAAUUAUCACAUCUAAAACUAAAGUAACUAAAAAAACAAUUUAAAAUCAAUAUAAAUCAAAUGAAUUUUAAGAAUUCAUAUAUUUAUAAUAAUAAGUAUAAGAGUAUAAAAGAAUUAAGAAAAGAUUUAUUAAUAAAUUGUAAGAAGCUGAAGAUAAAUUCUGUGAUUUUGAAUAAAUUAUGAAUGAAGAAGUCUAAGAUUCUGAAGAAGAAGAUGAAAUAGAAGAUGAAUUGGAAGAUUAUGAAAAAUUACAAAGCUUUUUAGGUCUUUAAAUGACUUAAAUUAAAAAUUAUUAAUAAUUUUAUAGUCUUACCUCUGAAACUAGAAUCAAAUUAAAUUAGAUUAAAUUAAGUAAUGAAUUUGUUGAAAAAACAAUUCAAGAACUUAAUGUAUUAUUAAUUUCAGUUCCAUGGGUUGAAAUAUUAAAAUAAGAAUUAGAAGAAGGAUAAUUAAUUGUUUAAUAAUUAGAAAAUACUAAAUCAAAUGAAGAAAUAUAAAUAUUGUUAAGUAAGCUUGAAGAAUUACCAUUUCAUUAUAAAGAUUUUCUGGAAUUUUAUGAAUUAGUAUCUAAAUAUUAAUUGUAUGAGAGAUAUAUGCAAGAUUUAGAAUUAUAAGAAAAAGAUGAAGAUGACAGUGAAAUCUAAGUUACUAAGGAUAUUUAAACUAAGAUUACAUGGGAUCAUCUUUAGAUGUUGAAAUAAUUAUCUAUUGAAAUCAAAGCUCCAGAAAAAGAUUAAUAGAUUUUGGAAUAAGUUGAAAAACUAUUAAAUGAAUUUAGAUAAAAAUUAAGAGGUAUGAUAGAAUAGAAGAAUUUAAAUGAAUAAAUGAGAAAGAAGUUUUAAGCAGAAAUAUAAAUGAAUAAAAUUUAUGAUGUACCUGAAAUUUCUGAAUUAUAGAAAAAAUUAGAAUAAUUUUAAGAGGUUGAAAAAAUUAGAAUGGCUAAAUCAUAAACACUUUAAUAAUUAGAAUAAGCAUAUGAAAAAUCUAAAGAAUUAAAUUUUGAUGAAAAGAUUAUAAAUCAAUUUGAAUAAGAGAUAACUAAAUGUUUAUAGAAGAAGAAAGAAAUUAAAGCUUUAUUAGAUAAUGAAAUAUUUGAAACUGAAUAAUUAGAAUAGGCUAAAUAAUUACUUUAAGAUAUUUCUUAAAGUAAGAUAAUUUAUGAGGAGAAAUAAUAAUUAUAGAGUUUGAAUAAAGCUUGCUAAUUUAUUUAAUAAUUAUAUGAAUUUUAUUAAAAAUAUAAAUCUCCAGAUUAAGAAAUGGAAAUUGAAGAUGAUAAAAAUCCAGAUUUAUAAUUUAAAAUUAAUUAAGUUUGUAAUCCUUUUUAAAUUCUAUUUAAAGAUGAUAAUGAAAAUAUCAUACUAGAAUUAGAUAAUAUAUUAAGUAAAUAAUCAAUCAUACUUGAUAAAAGAAUAAAUACUGUAUUAAAUAAUUACUAGCAUUUUCUUUGGGAAAAACAAACUAAAAUAUUAUUAUCUCUCUGGUAAUCAAAAUAAGAAAUAUAAUUAUCAUUAAUUGAAUAAGUAAUUUCUCAGAAAUUUUAAUUAAAUGAAAAUGACUAAGCCAAUUUAAUUUAAUUUUCAGAAAUGUUCUCAAAUCAAUAAAAAAUAUUAAUUGCAUUAGGUUCUUAGAUUGGAAACUAUCUAUUUUAAGUACCUCUACCCUAAGAUUUAGAUGGAUGGUUCUACUUAUAUAAUUAAAUUACUCUUUCUGUAAAAGGGGGAAUCUGGGAUUAAGUUAAAAUAUAUAAUGUUUGGGUUACAAUUAUCAAGAAAUAUUUUGAAAUUACUACAACUCCAGAGUUUACAUACGAAAGUUUAAAAUUAUUAUAAGACGUUAUUGUCAUGUCACAUAUUCCUAAACAAUCUUUGAUUUGUGUAAAUUUGCUAUAAAAAAUAACUUGUUUUAAUGCAUUAGUUGAUAAAAUCAAAGAAUAUAACAAUAGAAAAUAAAUGUUCUUAGAGAAAAAAAAAUCAAAAUAAGAUUUGUAAAAGUUUAAAUAAUGUUUCACAAUUAUUGAAGCCAGAUUAUUGGAUUAAGAAAUCUAAUCAAAUAAUAUAGCACAUGAUUUUAUUUCUAAGGAUUUUUAUUAAGAUUUUCAUAAUAUCCAUUAAAUUUAAGAAGAAUUUAACAAUUGUUCAUAAGAUGAUAUUUUUACUCUUACAUCAUUAUAUCAGAGAUUAAUUUCAUCAUUUAUCUAAGAUUAGUAAUUAAUGGAUAAUUUGAAGAUUAAAAUCUAUCUAUUGAAACUAAAAGAAAUUUUAAAAGGGAAUAAAACAGUUGAAUUAUUCAAAGCCAAAAAGCAAUACAAUAGUCUCCUUACAUUAUUACAAACUCAUAAUUUAUAAAUUCCAGAUUAAAUUAUAGAAUUGAAUAAUUUAUUAAAUAUUGCUGAGAAGAUUUAAAAUGUAGCAAAUAAAAUCAAAAACAAUCAACAAUAUACCUUUGAAGAAUUAUAGUAAUCUAUACAAGAUAUUGAUAAGAUAUAAAAUAUCAAUAUAGAAAGAUCAUAGGAUGUUGAAAUAAGAUAUCAUGAAUGUCUCUAAAUUUAAAAUGAAAUUCAAGAAAUUAGUUAGUCUCAAAUUAAAACAAAAGAAGUUGUAGUUCAAAACAUCUUAGAAAAAUUACAGAACUUACCUUUGCCAGAAGAGAAAUAAUUGGUCUAAUUUUGGUUGAAUUCUUUUGAAUAGCUAAAACAAAGUUAUUAAACAUUAAGAUAAACUAUCUCAAAAUAAAAGGCAAAUCCUAAUAGUAAAGAAUUAACAGAUUUGAUGAACAAUUUCUAGAAGAAGUAUAAAGAUAUAAUAAUUAUUUAUCCUGAUGCUGAUCAUUUUAUAAGAGAAUAUUAAGAAUUUACUAAAAAAUUAGAAUUUAUAGAAAAUAAUUUAUAAAAUGAAUAGGCUUUUAAUGAUUUUCAUGAUUUACUUAGUAUAUUUAGAUGGGGAGAUCAAUAUGAAAGAGUUAAAAUUGCUAUUUGGAUUAAAUAAGUUAAUUAAUUUAAGGAAAAUCCAUAAUAAAAAUGGGGGUUUGCUUCAUUUAGAAAUAUGUUGAAUUAAGGUUAUGAUAUAAUUGAUUAGGCAUUAGUGAAUAAUUAAAAAUUAUCAAUUGAAAAAAUGAAGAUUCCAUUAACAUAUUUAGAAUAAAUAAUGGCUAAAUUGAUAGAUUCAGUGGCAAGUGGAUCAUGCUUAGAUUCAUGCGUUGAUGGAAAGGUUGAUGCUUCUUAAUUGUAAAUUGAACUUUAACAUAUUACUUAACAUGAUAAAUUAGAAAGGUUAAGGGAAUUGCAACCCAAAAAACCAUUUGAUGAUAUUAAUUCAUAUUUUGAUAGGAAAUAAAAAUAAUAAUAAAUUAGAAAGAAGAAUUAAUAAAGAUAAGAUGCAGAGGAACAAAAUAUUGAAUUUAUUAGUAUAAAGAAAGUAAAGAAAAUAUAAGAAACAGUUACUUAGUAAUUAAGAGAUUCAAAGAAAAAAGAAUUAUUAUAAGCUAUCUAACGUAAUCCUACAUUAUCAAAUUUGAAGAAUCCUGCAUUUUUUGAAAACAGAAUUAAGAUUUUUGAAAAUUAAGAGUUUGGUACUUUCAAUACAAAUAAAUCAAGUAUAAAAUAAAUGUUAUAAUUUAGUGUAUGUGGAGAAAAUGACAACACUUAUUCAAACUUUUAAAGAAUUGUAAUAAUUGCCUAAUUUCUCAAAAAGGAUUGUUGAAAAAGGAUUCAACAUAGAAUAGGUUAAUUACGCAGUCAAAAAAUAUGAAAGCAAAGCACUUCAUUAGAUCGAAGAAAAGUUAAUGUAGAAACCUCAUGCACCAUCAUCACAAUAAUAAUAAGAUUAUAAUCCUUUAGCUCCAAAUAAGAAUAAAGUUGUUGCAAUAUAGCCAGUAAAUUAGAAAAAUGCUUAAUCUGUUACUAAAUAAGUCUAAUCCCCUCAUCCUAAAUUAACGAAAGAAGAUGUUCUUAAUUAAAUUUUGAAUGAUUCAUAUUCAAAUAUCAAGUUAUAACAAUAACAAACAUAAUAAUAAUAAAUUUAAUCUUAAUUAAAAUAAUUGUAAUUGUAAUAACAGACUCAAUAAUUACUAAAAUAAUAAUAGUAAUAAUAAUAAUAAUAAUAAUAAUAAUAAUAAUAAUAAUAAUAAUAAUAAUAAUAAUAAUAAUAAUAAUAACAAUCUAUUUAUGAUCCUUUUUAAUUGGAUUAGAAUAAAUAACCUUCCUAAUACUAAUCACAAUUAUCUCUUUAAUCAUAAUAAUCAUUAUAAUCCUAACAUCAAUAAUAAUAGUCUUAAAAAUCAUUACUUUCUCCAAGCAGAUCUAUUAGCAAAGGAAUCAACGAAUCCAUGUCUUCAGAUUUACCUGAAUUAGAAAUAUAGAAAAUGGAAAAUCCAAAUAAACCCAUUUUAUAUAAUCCUGAUGAUGAUGAACCAGAUUAAAAAGUAGUUGUUUAAAAGAUUGAAGUAAAUUAAUUGAUUUAUUAUUAGGUUACUCCUCUUAAUUUUGGUGAUAGAAUCUUAAAGAUAGGAAAGAGAUAUAAAUUACAUUUAAAAGAAUAAUAAAUAAAUUGUGAAUUUUAUACUAAUUCUUUUGAUAAUAAAUUGAAAGAAUUUCCUAAAAUUUCUAGUGAAUUUAAGCAUCAAAAAUACUAUUCAUAAGAUACUACAUUAAUAUCAAUGGAAAAAUCAGUGAAUAAAAAUAUCUAGAUAAUUUUAGCAGGAUGGGUAGUUCCUGAAAAAUAUAGUGAAUUUGGUGAAAUUCAUAAAAUUAGUGAUAUGCUAAGGAAAGAUUAAUAAUUCAUGUCAAUUUCGCAAGGGGAUUCUUUCUCUACUGUUGUAUAUUUAAUGCAUUAUGAUUAAUUGUAAAAUUCAUAAUUGUUUGCAAAUUUCAAGCUAUAAGAGUUCGUUUCUGAAUCGAAUUAUUAAAGAAGAGAUUCAGGCAUCAUAAAAUUUUGGGGAAAUUUAACUUCCAAAUUAUGCUUUGUAAUUAGUAUCAAAUAGUAAGCUGCAGCAGUGAUGUUAAGUAGUUUUACUCCUUUAUAAUAUGAAACAGCCAAAAAUGUUGUUAGAGUAAUUAUUUAAAAAUAAAUUAUUAGUCAAAGGAAGUUUGUAAAUGGGUAGAAAGUAAACAAAAUGAAUAGAAAGCCAAUAAAAAAUAAUAUUAACAACAAUAAUAAUAGUAAUAGUAAUAAUAAUAAUAAUAAUAAUAAUAAUAAUAAUAAUAAUUGUAAUAGCAAUAAUAGCAAUAAUAAUAAUUGUAAUAGCAAUAAUAAUAACAAUAGUAAUAAUAAUAGCAAUAGUAAUAAUAAUAGUAAUUAUAAUAAUAAUUGUAAUCAUAAUAAUUUUAAUAAUAAUAAUUAUAAUCAUAGUAAUAACAAUAAUAAUAAUAAACAGAAUUAGAACCAGUUACUUCAGAAGAGGAAGACAAUAAUGUUAGUAGCAAUCCUAAUGGUUAAAGUAAUUUAUUUGGUGGCACAAAUGGAGAGGUAAUCAAUUAUUUUCUAAAAGUAGGAAAUUGGAUAUGAAUAAUUAGUUGCGUUAU